AUGGGAAAAACUGAGGAAGCAGCGGAUUUCAGGAAGAAAGCCAAGACCUCGGUGUUGGACGUGUUUGGUUUGCGAUAUCUGCUGGAAAUCCAGGGACCUUAUCAAGUAGAGAAGCAGCCCAGGGCUGGAGCAAAGCUCCGCUUUACUGUCAGCGCUCAGGUGAAGAAACGGAAAUUUGGCAAUAGGAUCAAGCAGCGGGAGGUGGUCAGGUCUCCCAAGUUCCCCUUGCCCUGGAUGAAGAGCCAGUGUAUAAGUCACCCAUUCAAACCAAGUGACCAAUACAAAGGAGACUAG